AUGUCCCCGACAAUUGACCCUGCCAUCCUCGCGGCCUUAGACCUAGACAAAGACAACACCACAAUCUCAUCCGUCGGAGGAUCAGGCUUCUCAUCAACCUUCAAACUCUCCACCACAAAAGAUGGCCAGCCAUUUGACUACUUCGUCAAGACAGCCUCCGGCGAGGGAGCAAAAAUAAUGUUCCAAGGCGAACACGCCUCUCUCAACGCAAUCCACGACGCCGUCCCCAACUUCUGCCCCAAAUCAUACUGCCACGGCCCCAUGCAAAACUCCAACAAGUAUUUUCUUGCCACGGACUUCCUCAACCUUGGCUACUCCGUGUCAAAAGGCUCCGGCAUCUCCUUCGCCGCAAAGCUAGCCAAGCUGCAUACAACCCCCGCGCCCAUUCCGGAGGGCUUCGACAGAGCUAUGUUCGGCUUCCCCGUGCCGACGUGCUGCGGCGAUACGGAGCAGGACAAUUCGUGGCGCGCCUCUUGGGCCGACUUCUACGCCGAGAAUAGACUGCGCUUCAUCAUGAGACGCAUCAUCGAGAAUCACGGACCAGACGACCAGGCGGCCGACAUGGUCGAGAAGAUUGCCAGCAGCGUCGUCCCGCGGCUUAUCGGGGAUGACCGCAUCGCCAUCACACCCGUUGUUAUUCACGGCGAUCUCUGGAGCGGGAAUCAUUCGGCGGGCCAGAUUGCCGGAAAGGGCGGGCGCGAAGAGGUUGUUUUCGAUCCUUCUUGCGUGUAUGGCCAUUCGGAAUACGAGCUGGGCAUCAUGAGGAUGUUUGGCGGCUAUGGGGGUUCUUUUUGGAGCGAGUAUGAGAAGCUCGUGCCCAAAGCAGAGCCAAAGGAGGAGUGGGAUGAUCGCGUCAUCCUCUAUGAAUUAUAUCACCAUUUAAACCAUUACUCAAUUUUUGGGACGGGAUAUCGUGGAGGAGCCAUGUCAAUUAUGAAGAAACUGACAUCCAAAUACGGCAGCUAA